AUGUCAGACGCAGAGCAAGGCUGGAAACCUAGUGGUCGCCCUCAGUCGACCAUGGCACAGGCUUUCUCAUCGGUGCUAGAUAGUGCCUUUUCCUUGGAUUCGGGUGUUGAUAACCUUUCGCAAAGUCUCGAAGACAAGAGACAACAGAUGUUGAUUCAGAACCGGGAGUUGGAAGAACUCCAGGCUAAGAUCCGGGCAGCUGAAGAGCGCCUGAAAGCGCGGGAGUCGGCUCCCUAUGACGGAGGCGCCUCGAGGAACAAUGCGACCCACAACAACCAAGGAUACCAUUCAGGUUCCACGUCGGCAGCGACAUCCCCAACGGAUACGGCAGGCCAAUAUUCCAGCGGUGAUGGACGGCUACGAGGCUACCGAGGCAACCCAUGA